AUGGAUGCAGGAUACUUUUGUUGUCUGUGGCUGAAAAAAUGCCUGCAGUUUUAUUUGACAUUUCUGAAGAACUAAGAAACCAACAUCCAAUCCAACCCCCAUAUCCAACCUUAACUGCACCAGAUUGGUGUUCCUAUGACAGAUGUGGAGAUAUGCCAACAGAUAUUGAGAAGCUAUGUUGCGGUAUCAGACCAGAGAAUUGUAUUUCAUUACCACCAGAGUUUGAACAAUAUUGUUUAGAGCCACAAGUUCUGGAUCUUGCUAAUGUAUAUAGAAACGGUGUACUAGCAAUUGAUAUGGACGAAGACAUUAAUCAAAGGAGAAGACAAUUUGUUAUGUGGUGGUACAGGGAAUAGAGUAGUAGUACCCUC